CCUGUCGGUCCUGAGGUCCUAAUUUUCCAUUGUUGAUGGUCCUGUAUGGAUUAAUUCUGCAUCCACUGGAAGCCUUUGAACCACGUGAGGGGUGUAUUGAAAAGCCCUGAUUAAAAACAGGCAGUGUCUCUCUUAGCUUGGCAUUGCUGCACACUAACAUGAAGAAAGCGCACCCGCCUUGUUUUCUAGGAAUGGCUUUAUGUGUGCGUUUAUAAUAUUUGUUUUCCCCUUUUAAUAUAUAUAUAAAAACGACUAUGGCUUGGCCAUGCAUUAGUAGGGUAUGUUGCCUUGCUCGUUUCUGGAACCAAUUUGAUAAAUCAGAUCUCUCAGUUCCACUGACCAUUCAGAAUUACUCGGAAAUCACCGAUCAAGACGUUCGAUCAGUCACAAAGCACGUCCCGGCGGAUAGAUCCCUGAGGAAUGAUUAUCCUCUGACACCAGAUCACAGAGGAUCGCCUACUGUUCAGGAUCCGGCGUUCAGGCGAUCGUGGAAGGGAAGGAAAGAACCAAGUUUCAAACCUCGAGAGGAUUACCAGCCACCAGAUGUAUCUUUUCAGACGGUGACUCAGUACAAACAGGACUUCAAACCUUGGCCCAUUCCGAAAAAAGAUAUUUUUCCCUGGACCAGCAAUGACGGAAAAAAAGAUGGAUUUUCUGUUUCCUCAUCAGACAGUCCGUUUAAUCAAUACCCCCAGCCGGGAGCACAAAGAGCCGAGAAAGAGGAGAGAAACAGACAGCGAUGGGGAGCAGAGCGAUUAAACACAACGAAAACAAGCCCUAACAGAGAUGAAUUCCGCCCGUGGAUGGGCGCCAAACCAUGCAAACCUGUAAGAAAAAAGCCUUCUUACGUGCCUCCGAGCCCCGACGCUCCACCAGAGACCAGCUACAGAGCAGCCUUUGGGGGAGAUGUGUUCAAGCAGAUGGAGACACUGCACGUGGACGGCAAUAGCCAGCAGAGCACCUUAGCGGAAAAAUCUAAUCCUGCAAACAUAAGGACCAAGGGAGGGACCUCGGAGCCCAUGGUGAAUACCAAGUUAUCCCAAAACCCCUCUGCUGUGUUUCAAAGUGGAUCUCGAGUCUUCAACGUAUAGAAGGUUUUUGAACACUUUCUGUGAUUGUAAAGAACGACCCAGGAUGCUGUAUUUGUAUUAUGUACAAAGCUAAACUAUGCAACAGGAUGGAAGUUUUAAAAGGACAUUUCAUCUCGGGAGUGAUACUGUUCAAGUGAUUGGAGCUAACAAAAUAAUUCCAUAAAUCUUACCAGUUGGUCUCAGUUAUGAAAGAAACACAUGGUAUAGUAAAGAGGAAUUUUCAUUUUAAAAGGGGAUAUCUCAAGCCAAGCUUUCAGGAAGUGUUCCACUUCAUCGGUCAUUUAAACUGAAGAGUGAAAUUGUCCACACCCCUACAAUAGCUGCUUCCCUGUUGACUAGCCUGCUUUCAGCCUGUAACAUGCUUUGACCCUGGUGAAGUGAAAUGACCCAGUGAGUGAAGUAGUAACUGACGUGUUGAGAUUAACGGAGAAUGAGAUCUGACGUUUUAAAAUGAAAGUACAUGUUUGCUGUAACUUGUGUUUCUUUCACACAUUUACGACCUAAUGAAUGAAAGAACAAGGGCAGGUUAAAUUUAUUUUGUUAGCUAACUUUACUCUUUUUUUUUUCUUCUUCGUUGUUUUAACUUUAAAAAAAAACCUUUUCCAAGCCACUGAGUAAUUCCAGUUUUUGGGGAUGAAAUAUGCAUGUAUUGAAAUGAAUUGUUUAGAAAGGCUUUUGCAAGUUUAGAAGCCAACAAAAAAUGUGUCCUGUGAUAAUUUUUGUGUGUGUUUUACUGAACUGGAAUGAUGAUAAAACAUUUUGUACAUAAUAAUGAUUUUAUUUAUAGAAAAUCCACAAAGUUUUAAAGUAUAAAGCAGUUUAUGUAAACUGAAACAUGUUUGAUAUGCUGUAUACCUUGUUAAGUUUGCUAGAUUUGUAAUCUCGGGAAUUAGGUAAUUCGUUGUUGUCUUUUUAAGUCUCUUUAAUGCGAAUGUAUAUUUAAACAACAUGAAAUACAUUGAUUUAAUGUUAAAUGCCACCCUUUGUCCGCUGGUGUUUUCGAUCAAAUAAAACAAAUGACAUUCUUAAAAAGUGUUGCUUCUAUAAACAGAGUUCUUGCGCUUCUACAUUAAAGAGCCUGUUUCAUUAUUAAAAUGUUAAGGUGUUGUACUCACAUUCUUUUUAUGAACAAUGUUCCCUUACCUGAGAGAGUUUUUGUUGUGUUCUGGUAUUCUAUUUAUUUCCCUCUUCCUUUUGUAGACUACUGGGAAAAGGACUGGAAAUAAAUAUUCUAAAAUCAAAGUGCAUCUGGGAAGUAGGAUAUGAUUAUUUAGUUGGAUUAAGAUGAACCUGCAUAGAAGUAAACUAAUUCAAAACUGUUACCUUGACAGCUGCCCAUCUGUGUGUCACAAUGUUUGCAUCUAUCUGGAGAGCUGCUUAUGCAAAAGCAAUUCAUAGCACCAAAACAUCAAAUAGUUUCAUUUUAAU